GAACUGUUUCACUGUAAUAAUAAAAAAUAAAAAUUGUUUCGCUGCAUACGAACGAAUAUAAUCUUUUGUGAAUUUUAAUUUGAUUGUGUUCUAUGAAUCAUGAUUAUUAGGUUUUAUUAUUCCACCUUCAUUAACCGUUACGUUACUAGUAGUGUUGAAUAAAAGUGCAACGAAGAAAAUCCGAAAAAAGGUUACCGAUUACAAAACGCACACAAACACAACACAGUGAUGGAAUGAGGAUCCUUAAAACCAACGGCGGAAGCCUCGACAUCGCCGCCUAUGUCUCCGUCAUUCGACACUGCACCAACCACCGCCUCAUCCGUCAAGGCAAACAGCUCCAUGCUCGCAUCUUCCUAUUCUCCAUCACACCCAACAAUUUCCUCGCCUCCAAACUCAUCACAUUCUACGCUAAAUCAAACCUCACACGAGAUGCUCGCAACGUGUUCGACAAAAUUCCCCACAAAAAUACCUUCUCUUGGAACGCAAUGCUCAUUGCUUACUCCUCCAAGUCCCUCUUCAAUGACACGCUUAAUCUCUUCUCAUUGUUUGUUUCUUCAACUGACACCGGUGUAUCUCCCGAUAACUUCACAGUAACCUGUGUCUUGAAGGCACUAGCGUCGUCUUCUUUCUCGGGUUAUAAAUUAGCGAAACAGAUUCACUGUUUCAUUCUUAUGCGCGAAUUUGACUCAGACAUUUUCGUUCUUAACGCGUUGAUCACGUGUUAUUGCAGGUGUGGUAAUGUUGAAAAUGCAAGGAAGGUGUUUGAUGGAAUGACGGGUAGAGAUAUUGUGACGUGGAACUCUAUGAUUGGUGGUUAUUCUCAGUAUGGAUUUUACGAAGAAUCCAAGAGAUUGUACUUGGCUAUGUUAGGUGAGGAAGGGAAAGGGAUUGUACCAGAUACGGUUACAAUUGGUAGCGUAAUGCAGACGUGUGGACAGUCUAAGGAUCUUUCAUUCGGAAUGGAAGUUCAUCGUUUCAUGAAGGAUAAUGGGAUUGAGGCGGAUGUGUUGCUUCGUAAUGCUGUAAUUGCUAUGUAUGCCAAAUGUGGAAGUGUGGAUUAUGCUCGUGAGUUAUUUGAUGAAAUGAGUGAAAAGGAUGAGGUUAGUUAUGGAUCGAUUAUUUCUGGGUAUAUGAUUAAUGGGUUUGUAGAUAAGGCUUUGGAUGUUUUAAAACAAAUGAAAAAUCCUGGAUUGAGUGCUUGGAAUGCUGUGAUUUCUGGUAUGGUUCAGAAUAACCAGUUUGAAGGAGUGUUGGAUUUGGUCAGAGAAAUGCAGGGAUUUGGUUUGAAUUUGAAGCCAAAUGCCGUCACACUUCCCAGCAUUUUUGCUUUGUUUUCAUAUUUCUCGAAUGUUCGAGGGGUGAAAGAGGUGCAUGGUUAUGCAGUCAGACGAAGUUAUAACCAAAAUAUAUAUGUGGCAACUGCCAUUGUUGAUACUUAUGCAAAACUGGGGUUCAUUAAUUUGGCAAGGCAUGUUUUUGAUCAAUCACAGAGUAGGAGUUUGAUAAUUUGGACUGCAAUUAUAUCAGCUUAUGCUGCUCAUGGUGAUGCUAGUUUGGCACUUUGUCUCUAUGAUCAGAUGUUAGAUAAAGGAAUUCAACCUGACCCGGUGACACUAAUUUCUGUUUUAACAGCUUGUGCUCAUUCCGGGCUGGUACAUGAAGCUUGGGAUGUCUUCAAUGGGAUGCAUUCGAAAUAUGUGAUUCAACCUGCAGUGGAGCACUAUGCCUGCAUGGUUGGUGUACUUAGUCGAGCUGGAAAGCUCUCAGAAGCGGCGAAGUUCAUUUCUGAGAUGCCAAUUGAGCCGAGUGCUAAAGUUUGGGGUGCUCUGCUACACGGGGCUUCUAUUUAUGGUGACGUUGAAAUGGGGAAGUUUGCCUGUGAUCAUUUGUUUGAGAUUGAGCCUGAACAAACUGGGAAUUACAUAAUUAUGGCCAAUUUGUAUUCUCGUUAUGGGAGAUGGGAAGAAGCUGGUAAAGUUAGGGAAAGGAUGGAGGACAUUGGGUUGCAGAAGAUCAGGGGAAGUAGCUGGAUUGAAACGAGCGGAAGGUUACAAGAGUUCAUUGCGAAGGAUAUGUCAAAUGAAAUGUCGGACGAGAUUUAUGCAUUGCUUGAUGGGUUACUUGGUUUGAUGAGGGAAGAAGGAUAUAUCUUGCAGGAAGAGUUGGAUUUUGAACUGUGAUAAUUUCCAUUGAAAUAAAUCUCUCGUCCCUUGUAUACGGCCAGAACCAUAAAGGACAUUCCAUCUUUGGUGCAGAAAGUAAAUAGCACUUGAAGCGUAGGUUUUAAGUUGUGACUUAUGUUGGAUGGUGUAAAACAAUGGGAUAGUAAUAAAAUUAUGCAACUGUUUUCACAUGAUGUAGCAAAAGAAAUUCUCGCAGUACCCUUGCUUGAAGUGGUGAAGGAGGAUGGGUUGGUGUGGAGGGAGGAGCAACAUGGCCAAUACACGGUCAGAACUGGAUAUAGACUACUGAUGCGAGAAAGAAGAGACAUGGUAACUGAUGCUAUGGCUAAUUGGAGUUGUUUGUGGAAAAUAAGAGCACCACCGAAAACUAAACACUUGCUUUGGCAGAUUUGCCGUAACUGCCUCCCAACAAGAAUUUGACUCCGUCAACAUUAUGUCCAAUGCCCAGAUUGGUGUCAGUUGUGUGAAAGAGAAGCAGAAGACGAUUGGCAUGUGUUGUUUGGG